CAGCAGCUCCCCGCCUCCGCGGCCCGCCACGUCCCGCACGUAGCGCCCCGGUUGCAGCUCAGAGCUGCAGGCUGGCGCCGGGCGCUCGGCUCCGUCGGCAGGGCUCGGUAUGAGGCUGGUGAGGCUGCUUCGUGGCGGCCGGGGCGUCAGACUGCCCCGCGAGGUCCCCAGUGCCAGCCGCAGUCUGGCCUCCGGCUCGGCCUCGGGCCCCGGGCCGGAGUCGGAGCGCGGCGUUCCGGGCCAGGUGGACUUCUACGCGCGCUUCUCGCCGUCGCCGCUCUCCAUGAAGCAGUUCCUGGACUUCGGAUCGGUAAAUGCUUGUGAAAAGACCUCAUUUAUGUUUCUGCGACAAGAGUUGCCUGUUAGAUUGGCAAAUAUAAUGAAAGAAAUAAGCCUUCUUCCAGACAAUCUUCUCAGGACGCCAUCAGUACAGUUGGUGCAAAGUUGGUAUAUCCAGAGUCUUCAGGAGCUGCUUGAUUUUAAGGACAAAAGUGCUGAAGAUACUAAAACUAUUUAUGAAUUCACAGACACAGUGAUAAGGAUCAGAAACCGGCAUAAUGAUGUCAUUCCGACCAUGGCCCAGGGUGUGACCGAAUAUAAGGAGAGCUUCGGGGUGGAUCCUGUCACCAGUCAAAAUGUCCAGUACUUUUUGGAUCGAUUCUACAUGAGUCGCAUUUCAAUUAGAAUGUUACUCAACCAGCACUCUUUAUUAUUUGGUGGAAAAGGAAGCCCAUCUUAUCGAAAACACAUAGGAAGCAUAAAUCCAAACUGCGACGUAGUUGAAGUCAUUAAAGAUGGCUAUGAAAAUGCUAGGCGGCUUUGUGAUUUGUAUUAUGUUAACUCUCCUGAACUAGAACUUGAAGAACUAAAUGCGAUUUCACCAGGACAGACAAUACAAGUGGUUUAUGUACCAUCCCAUCUCUAUCACAUGGUGUUUGAACUGUUCAAGAAUGCAAUGAGGGCAACCAUGGAGCACCAUGCUGACAAAGGUGUCUAUCCCCCGAUUCAAGUUCAUGUCACACUGGGAGAGGAGGAUUUGACGGUGAAGAUGAGUGACCGGGGAGGCGGUGUUCCACUGAGGAAGAUUGACAGACUCUUCAACUACAUGUACUCAACUGCACCCCGGCCUCGUGUUGAGACAUCCCGUGCAGUGCCUCUGGCUGGUUUUGGUUAUGGAUUGCCCAUAUCACGCCUCUAUGCACAGUAUUUCCAGGGGGACCUAAAGCUGUACUCAUUGGAGGGCUACGGGACUGAUGCUGUUAUCUAUAUUAAGGCUCUGUCAACAGAAUCCAUUGAGAGACUCCCUGUGUAUAAUAAAGCUGCCUGGAAGCAUUACAAAACCAACCAUGAGGCUGACGACUGGUGUGUCCCCAGCAGAGAGCCCAAAGACAUGACCACAUUCCGAAGCUCUUAGAUGCACAUGGGACGCCUGGAAAAUCCAAAUGUGGUUUUGCUAAGUUUGGAAGAAAUGUGUUUUUGGAGCCACAUUGUACCAAAUAUGUCAUUUGUGAUUUUCACAAUUCAUGUUGCUAAAGCUCCUAAAGGAUCAAUUAUACCAACUGUACUCUGAUAUGUUUGGUUAAUUGGACAUAUUUUUAAACACUCAUAGUAUCAACUUCCCUCUGUGUGGUAGACCACUGAGUGUGAAGUUUCUGGGUUUCUGGAGGAAGUUGAGUAGUGAUUUUCAACUUUUCAUUUAUGUCGGCUAGAAACAUAAAGAAUGUGGAGUAGCUGGUUAGUGGCUUGCUUUUGGAGUUCUGUCACCUGUUGGUGGUAACAGCUAAUUAGAUGGUUUUCUCUUCUUCCACGAAAGCAGAACACAGUGGUACCAGUAGGACCUUUCAUGCAUUGUGUACUGAAAUGAAUUAUCAUGGCAUCCCUUUAUUGCAGAGGGUUGAUAUUUCUGAUUUCCUGCAGAGCUAAGUCUCAAUCAUAGGAUCAACGCAAGGGAUUUUCUUUAAGAACAAUGAUGUCUCUCUUUAGCCCUAGCUGGCCUUGAACUCGACGCCCAUCCUUAGCAUCCCGAGUGCUGCAAUGGAGAAAGGUGUGUCUGGUGCAUAAGAGAAAUGUUUAUGCCCAAACAAGCCAAGUAGCAGCAGAGAAUGAACUAGAGUCAAGCACGGACUGAACCUACUGACUGUUAAGAUUAUCUGAUGGCGCUUUUGAAAGAAUUCAUUUUUCUGGGUCCUGCUCCAGGCACCGGAGGCUGAAGGCCAGGAAUGAGUUUAAUCACUCUUCAGAGUGAAUAGUGAUACCACUGCUGUUGACAAAGUGACAGAUUGGAUUGGUAGGCUUUGGUUCUCCUGUUUCCAGGUCAGAUUGCUAGACUUUAGGGGAUGUAAUCUAAAUCUCAGGCCUGCUACUAUUGAAAGCAGAGUCAGGAACAGAGAGAUGAGGCUGACCUCAGUCACCUUGGUUUUAAGUGGUAACUAAGGAACAUGCAUUUUUUUUAAAACCCAGAUUUCUUUUUUUUUUUAAUCAGAGAAAAGUCAGCUUAGAUUGGUUGCAAAACCCCUUUGUAUCUGUGUGGUAGUUUAAAGUUUGCAAAUGCUUUGAGGUAUUAGGACAUUAUUUGUGUCAAAACACAGAGUUGUGGAACCUUGGUUCUCACUCCGAGUAACUUGGAGCCAUAGCCUGAGCUAUCCCUGCUGAUCACUGUCAUCUGUCAGGGUUAUUCUUACCACAUCUGUUAAGUGAUGAAGAAAUACUUGAAAAUGUGCUUGGCCACUUACCUGGAGGGAUCUGGGGGUUUGGUUUGGAAAGUGAUGAGUUAAAGCAUCUCACUCUUAACAAGAUUUAUCAAAUUACCACUGCAUCCCAUAGAUAUAUACAUAUUUAAUACAAAAGCCAAACCAUGCAAUAUGACACAAAAUAGAAUUCUUGUACCAAAUGAUAGAAACUUGCAGGUUGAGGAUGCCCAGGGUGGUCAGUCCAGGACCCUCAUGUGAGAGGUGAGGGACCUGAAACUCAGGUCCUGUUAGCCCAGGGCUUUUAGCUAAUAUGACCAAAUGUUGGAAAAGACACACCUUAUACCCACUGUUCCUAAUUGAGGACUUUGUAAGAAAUAAUAGACCAUGUUCAUGAGUGACAUUUAUUCCAUGUAUUACAAUUAUUAGCUUUAAAUUACAUUUUCUUGCAAUGAUGAAAUAUUUUGUACAACUGUCAAUAAAUGUACUAUUUUUACUUGUGAAAUAAUUUUCCUUCUCCAAGGAAUUAGGAUGUCCCCUCCCCCAUUUAAGAGCUAAGAAAUGUUUUCAGACAAGAAGUAAAAUUAUUUUACUUAGGUCUCUUGUUAAGGUGUAACACCUUUUGCUUUGUUAUCAUGGUAAUGGAUGGAAAAUUGGGUGUGAAAAUGUUCAGGGUGGGGGGUGGCUUUUUCAGAGUUUCUUUUAAAGAUACCUGAAAGGUUUUUAGAGUCUCAAGGUGAGCUGGUUGGUCUGUUAGCAGUUAUCUUAUAUGGUAUAGAUAUAAAUAGAUUGAUGGUCAGGGGGUGGAUAGCAAUUGGUUUGCAUAACCUGGGCAGUUAAUGAGUAUGCCAGUGCAUUGUAAGAAUAUUCCAUGCUGCAGUUUAAAAUGGCGGUUGGUUUUGAUGCCUUUACACUUAAUAGUAGUCAGUGUCUUCCACUGUGAAGUUUCUACAUGGAGAUAUUAAAGCAGAGUUCUACCAUAGUAUAAGGUGUUUUCUCAGUGACAGUAAGCUGGAAACAUGGACCAGCUCUUUUCAAAUAAAUCUGAGUCACUUAAGAAAUUUUAGAAAUAUACUCAUGUCUUUUAAAGAACAGCCUAUUUCACCAUCAACGCUCAACAGUCUAUAAAUGCUCAAGAAUCAUGAAUAGGUACCAGCAGGUAAAAGCAAUGGCUAUCAAGCCUGGCAACCUCGUUCUUUCCUCAGAACACACAUGGUGGAGGGAAAGAACCAGUUACCCCCUGAAUUGUUUUUGGACCUCCACAUGGGCACUGAUGGGAUCCCCACACAUACCACACAACAUAAAAGGAAACUUCAGUUGUAGCUGGGUGUCUUGCACUCUCUUAACUGUCUCUAACAGGUGUUUGAGGCAGGUUUCCAAUGUGUAAAGUCUACUGGGGAAGCAGGUAGUAGAGUUUGUGUGGUUUGAGUUACCCUAGGUUUUCAUUAUCUAAUAUACUGCCAAUGAUUGACAUGUACUGUGUAGAUGGAGAGCUGAUGUAUAAUUUUGAAAAGCUGUGGAUAACUUUCCACAGUAGAAAUGUAGGAAGGGGCUUAGCUUAACCACCACUACCUUCUACUUAAUGCUGAUGGAGUGUCUGAACUUCUGUGGUCAAGGCAGAUGGUAUCCUGUUCUUCAUUGAUAGCACAAGAGCAUCACAUCUUUCACUGUUAAAAUAGUAAGGUCCAGCCAGCAUGGUGGCACACCUGUAAGUGAAUCUCGCGAAUUUGAGCCAGCCUGGUCAGCAUAGGGCAUUUUGGGCCAGCCAGGGCUACAUAGUCCCUGUGGUUUUUGUUUGUUUUAAGACCAAUAAAGUUCAUUUCAGUUACAGAGGGAAGGGAAAGAGUUGUGUGGCUCUGAUGUAGCUCAGUAAACUUAUAUCGUUAGCUUUACAAAGAAAUGUGAAGCUUCAAAGGAUAGGUGGCCAGGGUUAAACUUGGUUGUUUUUACGGGAGGAACUACUCAUUAUAGCUGAUCAACUUCUGGUCUCAAUACCAUUAAUUUCUCACAGUCAAACCCAAGACACUCAAAAAAUAAUACAACUAAUACUUUGUGAAGUUAUUUUUUCAUGUCAGAAAUGAAUGCAUUCCUAUUUUACUUAGUCCUGGCGUUUGUAAACUACUGUACUAUUUGUUCUACUUUUGUGUUUGGAAAGAAUUAAACAUUUUACUGCCCA